AUGCAAUCAAUAACAAUUCCAAUGAUAACAUAAGCGCAUCGUCUACAAAAAGAUAGCACUUUAAAUUUUAGAACAAAGCUUUAAAGAUCUUUAAAAUUGUCAGAGAAAUAUCAUUGCAAUAUACAUUUGAAACGAGAAGAUCAAUAAUAGAUUAGAGUAUUUAAGAUGAGAGGAGCAUUCAAUUCUUUUAUGAGUUUAAGUCAAGAACAGAGAACAAAAGGAUUAGUAACAGUGAGUGAUGGUAAUUUUGCAGAGGCAUUUGCUUUUUUUUGCAAUCAUUUAAAAAUAAAAGGUAAAGGAAUGAUAUAAAAGAAUAGGAACUGUUUUUUUGCCAGAAGUGUGUUUUUAAUGGAAAAUAGAAAUAAUAUAGAAGUAUGGAAAGGAUUAUGUAGAAAUAAGAAGUGUAGGAGAAUCAUUUGAUGAAGCUGAAGCUGCAGCAUAAGAAUAUAUAAAAUAGCAUGAUAGAAUAAUGAUACAUCCAUGUGAUAAUGUAAAAGCAAUUAUAGGGAAUGCAACAAUUGUAUAAUAGAAUUUAGUUAUUUUAAGGGUAUAGAGAUAAUAGAAGAUUUUCCAGGAGAAGUAGAUUAUGUUUUUGUACCAGUUGGAGCAGGAGCAUUAGCAGCUGGUAUAGCUACUUACUUUAAAGCAAUGUCUCCGAAUACGAAGAUUAUAGGGGUUUAACCAGAUGGGGCUGCAUCUAUGAAAGCUUCAUUUGAUGCAAAGAAAAUUGUUACAAUUGAAAGUAUGUCUAGAUUUUGUGAUGGAUCUGCUGUAAAAACAGUUCCUUAAAUAACAUAUGAUAUAUGUUAACGCAAUUUAGAUGGUUUAGCAGUUGUACCUGAAGGAAAAGUUAGUUCAACAAUUCUUGAAUUAUACAAUUAAGGCAUUGCAGUAGAACCAGCAGGGGUAAAAUUAUUAUAACAAUAAACAUUUAUAGGCUUUAGCUGUUUCUGUAUUAGAUUAAUAUGCAUAAGAAAUUAAAGAUAAAAAUGUAGUAUGUUUAAUUUCAGGAGGAACAGUUGAUCUAUCGAGAUUUGAUGAAUUUAAAGAACACUCUUUAUUAUAUGAAGGAUUGAAAUAUUUCUUUUUAAUUCAAAUCCCAUUCAGACCUGGUAUUCUCAAAAGUUUUGUUAGUUUGUAAUAUUCAAUUCUAAAUUAGAUGUUUGGGACCAGAUGAUGAAAUUAGUCAUAUUCAGUUUUAAAAAAAAACUAAUAGGGAAAGAGGACCAUGUUUAGUGGCUAUAGAAGUAGCAAAAAAAGAUAAUAUUAAAAAAGUAAUGGAGAAUAUGACUAAAAUGCAUUUAUAGUAUGAAGUUGUAAAUGAUUCAAAAGAGUUGUUUGAUUUAUUGGUUUGA